GUCGUCACAUUACUUAUUACUCACAGACGACGUAGUACCGACUCAAGAUGGUCGCCGAAGGCUUGGCUCCGCGAAACUACCCACUCUUCUCAGCAUGGGACUACGUGGUUUUCGCCAUCAUGUUGUGUAUAUCUGCCGGCAUCGGCAUCUUCUACGCCUUUAAAGGCGGCGGACAGAAGUCGACGAAGGAGUUCUUGCUAGCCGGCCGCUCUAUGUCGAUCACGCCGGUGGCUAUGUCACUCUUAGCGUCGUUCAUGUCGGCUAUCACGGUUCUCGGCACGCCGUCGGAGGUCUACACGUACGGGACCAUGUUCUGGAUGUUCUGGAUCACCUACAUGAUCAUGGUCAUGGUCUCAGCGCACUUCUAUCUGCCUGUGUUCUUCGAUCUGGGAGUGACGAGUGCUUACGAGUACCUUGAGAGGAGGUUCUCUCCCGGCAUCAGAAGACUGGGGUCGUUCACAUUCAUCUGUCAGAUGGUGAUGUACAUGGGGAUAGUGCUGUACGCGCCCUCCCUCGCCCUGCAAGCCGUGACCGGGCUCAACGUGUGGGUGGCUGUGAUAUCACUGGGAGUCGUCUGCACUUUCUACACUACCAUAGGCGGUAUGAAGGCUGUGAUGUGGACCGACACGUUCCAGGUGUGUGUGAUGCUGGCGGGGUUUCUCGCCGUCAUCAUCCAGGGGAGCAUCAACGAAGGCGGCUUUGCUGAGAUCUGGCGGAUCGCAGAGAGAGGGGAGAGGGUUGAAUUCUUCAACUUUGACCCGGACCCCAGAGUACGUCACAGUACGUGGAGCGUGCUGAUUGGCGGGCUGUUCACCUGGGUUGCCAUAUUUGGUGUGAACCAGUCCCAGGUGCAGAGGUACCUCAGCGUGGAGAAGAAGUCACGUGCGCAAAUCGCCUUGUACCUGAACGGUUUCGGUCUGGUUGUGAUCGUGACCCUGGCGUCCAUGUGCGGACUGGUGAUGUACGCUCGGUACUACGACUGUGACCCCAUCACUGCUGGGUUCAUCCAGACAUCCGACCAGAUGAUGCCGUUUACUGUCAUGGAGACCCUCAGCUAUCUACCGGGCAUCCCGGGUCUUUUCGUGUCGUCUGUUUUCGCAGGCGCGCUAAGUACCAUGUCUUCAGGCCUGAACUCCCUGUCUGCCGUCACGCUGGAGGAUUUCGUCAAACCCUACAAGAAGAACCUGACAGAAGCGCAGUAUACCAUUAUCACCAAAGUACUCGUGGCAAUCUAUGGCGGCUUGAUGGUGCUGAUGGCGUGGGUUUCCUCCUACCUAGGAUCCGUUCUACAGGCGGCGCUGAGUAUAUUUGGGAUGAUUGGAGGUCCCCUUCUCGGCCUUUUCACUCUCGGCAUGUUCUUCCCGUGGGCCAACACUAUCGGAGCGUACGCAGGGAUGCUGGUGGGGUUCGUGAUGACCUUCUGGGUGGGGAUCGGCGCCCAGGUCUGGAAACCCAUCGUACCCAGGCCGCCCGUCUCCAUCGCCGGCUGUGAACGCCUGAAUGAGACCUUAGCCAACGUCACUACGUCAGCAGUAUCCAUGGCAACGGAAUUAUUUAGGAGCACGACAGAGGCUGUGUCUGACGUCCCUGAAAGACCGCCCCUAGCGGAGCUGUACAACGUCUCCUACCUCUACUACAGUCUCAUCGCUGUGCUGUCCGUCCUCAUAGUCGGACUGAUCGUCAGCUUCAUAACCGGUGCGCAGGACCCUGCUGAGCUCGACCCCAGGCUGAUCUCGCCGUUCUUUGAUAUCGUCUGCUGCUGCUGUCCGGGAAGCUGUCUGAGGAAACUUCACUGUGGGGUCCGGCACGAUGAACAGGACCUGUGGGAUAAGAGAGACCAGGAAAAAGCCGCAGAAGCUGAACAUGACGACAAAGAGCGUCUGGAACUCGCUGAGCAACAAAAUGGCGGCAUAGAAAAUGGCGACAUGAAACUACACAACGAAGUUAAAGCCAAUUAUUCAGUUAAAGUUAACGACGACGAUGCCCUAACUGUUCUGUAAACUCAGGACUCCACUGAUAACGUUAAAACUUUACUGAUAUGGAGUAUAUACUCUUAGACCGGAAUCUUAUCACUUCUUUGUUUGUUUGUUUGUUUGUUUGUUUGUUUGUAGUACCACACGCACAAAAUCCACCUGUCACUGUAGUAUAUGUCCAGUACCGUCGGAAAUGAAAGUCACUGUUGAAUCAUACUGUUGAAUCAUAUCAAUAUAUCAUAGACAUAAUACUAGUCAACAGAUUAUAUGAUACAGAUUAAGUAAACGCCUAGUAGCAGAUAUCCAUAAUGAAACAUAUAAAUAGAAGAAAAAGAAAAUCGCUGUAUAUUUGUUAUCAUGCUGAUAUCUCUAAUUUUAAGACAAUGAAAUUCUAUGCUAUUAUGUAUGUACACAUGGAGGAACGUUUAAUCUAAAUCUAAUUACUGCAGCUGACAUAUUCAGUUGAUGUUAUUGAGUGAUAAUCAAUUGUAAAACUAGCACACAACAUGUUACAUAUACACACGUUCUUAUAUACUUAGAUGAAUACAGUCCGGUUUUGCUGUAACAGUAGUUCACCUUUAUCCACAUGGUGACCUUUAUCCGUUGUUUUCAAAAAGAAGAUACUUAGGAGAAUCUAGUCGACGGACUUUGGUUUGAAAUUGCCAUAUUUUCAUAGCACUCCAGUUGGAAACAGCCGUUUGUCGACUUGAUAUCCCUAAAUACUCUGAUUUUAUAUACAACGGAUAAAGGUUACCCCGUGGAUAAAGGUGAACUAGCGUUACACUUACACUGGGUUUAUAUGUUGAAGUUCGUAGAUAUACACAGAAUCCUGGUUGUCAACGCAUUUUAACCGUGUACUGUUUGUCAUACCUGUAUUAUACUUCGUGCAGACAACUGCAAUAAAACUAUAAAUCGUAUCAUGAAUGUGUUCGUGCCUUUUACAUAGAAAUGUUUGCAUCGUGUGAUAUAAAGUAUGAUUUAGUUCACCGUACGCAAGA